AUGCGCACGCGCCUCCACAACCUCCAGCGCCCGCUCAAGGCAAUACGCUGCGCCGCCAAGGCCAAGGCGGCGGCGACCGCCAAGCAAGCCGAGGCCCAGGCCUGCGAGCGCCUUCAGGCCACGAAGAACGCGCUGAUGAUGCGCUUCACGAACGAGAACUCGUACCUGAACUGGGCGCGUAACGGAGUGCUCUCGUCUGGCGUCGGCGUGGCCAUGUAUGCCCAAGAGCACCACCGCGGUGCGCACCUGAGCGGCGCCGGGCUCUUGCUGCUUGGCUUUGGCUACAUUGGUGUCGGGUCGCUCAAGUACAUCCACUACGUGCUUCGGUACCGCACGCUCAUGGAGAUGACGUGGCCGAGCGUCAUUGCCACUUGCUCCCAUGCGUCGAUCGCGCUCGGAAUUUGGCUCACCGCGACGGCGUCGUUCCUGGAGUCCAUCCCGCUGGACGUCGACGUGCUGCUGCUUGAAGAGCCGUUUAUCUCGUACUUGCCCAAUCGCAUUGCCCAAGGCUUGAUCGAGACGUACAACCUGCACCAAGACUUCCACGACGACGAAGCGUUCGUGCGGCCGGGCUCGCAUUAGGCGACGUCUGGUCCCUGCGCACCUCAUACUCUACCCACCUCUAUCUACGCGUGGUGCAAAUAUACGUCGAUCGCUGGCCAGUUCCA